UCCUUGUCUCCUUGGUAACGCGUACCGGAAGCUUGCAGCGCGGCUUAUUAGCGUAGGAACUGACUGAGAACUGAACAGAGUGGUGUUGGCACAGGAGGGGACCAUUCAAAUUCUGAAGUUAAAUAUCGGCUGCAGGAAUGGUGCGCUUACACGUUAAGAAGGGAGACGAGAGCCAGUUCUUGUUUGACACAUCUGUUACUGUGUCUGUGGAAGAACUGGUCAAACAGAUAACUGCCAUAUACAAUGGGAGACUUAAAGUUGAACGGAUUUGUUCAGAAAUGGCAGAGCUGGCAGAACAUGGUAUCACCAUGCCUCCUAAUAUGCAGGGACUUGCUGAUGAGCAGAUUGAAGACCUUAAAUUAAAGGACGAGUGGGCAGAAAGAUGUGUACCAAGUGGCGGCAGUGUAUUCAAAAAGGAUGAAAUUGGACGAAGAAACGGCCAUGCACCAAACGACAGCAUGAAGAAGGUUCUGCAGAAAACAAUGGAGGAAGCAAAAGCAUUGAUAUCUAAGAAACAAGCUGAAGCCAAUGUGUGUGUUACUCUGGAAAUGGUGAAAGAGGCCACAGACCAACUGAGAGGUGCCGCAAUGAUCGUGUAUCCCAUGGGACUACCUCCACAUGACCCCAUUCGAAUGGAGUUUGAAAAUAAUGAAGACCUUUCAGGCACACAUGCUGGACAGUUGGUCAUAGAAGAACCGGAGUCUCAGUUGUGGUGGGCUGGAAAAGAGCUGCAGAGGAAACAGAAGCUGUCAGAUUAUGUGGGGAAAAAUGAGAAAACAAAAAUUAUCGUUAAAAUUCAAAAAAGAGGUCAAGGAGCCCCAGGGCGUGAACCAGUUGUAUCUGAGGAAGAGCAAAAGAAGCUGAUGAUGCAUUAUUACAGACGACAGGAGGAACUCAAGAAACUUGAAGAGGAUGAGGAUAUCUCCUAUAUGAAUGCAGAGUGGGCAGACAGUAAUUCAUUAAAAAGGCAGUUCCAAGGGGUGAAAGAUAUUAAGUGGAAGCCUAGAUAAGAAACAUCCUUACCGGCCAGUGUGUCUGAAUGUUAAUAUAUUGUAUCAAGUUAAACUGUUAUCUGCCUUCUAAACCUAGCAAUAAAUUAUAUAUUUUGUUUCUUAU